ACUGGGCCUUCUGUUGGUGACUCUCCUCUAGAAUGUUCUCUUCUCUUUAUCCAAAUAAGGAUCUCACUCAGGCCUGACUUUUCAAUUGCUCCCUUCCAUGUCAAGCCCCCCGUUCCACGCAGAACCCAGGCCCAUGGGUCCAGGCUUUACUUUUCUUCCAUGCUCCCUGUGAAUCCCACGUGUAUCUGGCCUCACAGGUUCAGGAUCCUGUCUGGUGUCAUAGCCCCAUCACUGCUUCCUUCGGCUCACCUUCUUUGUGUCUUGUCUGUUCAUUGUCUUGUCUCUCCAACUGGAUUGCAAGCACUUUGCUUUCCUAGAGAGACUUAAACUAUUAUUUUUUGAUCCCUGUGCCUUUUGUGUAGCAAAACCCAGGGAAAAUAGGUACAGGUAGAUUUCAGUUGGCUCUUUCCUGCCUUUCUAAGCACUACCUCCCUUGAGAAAGGAAAAUGUCUGAUGUUGCUUUUUUUCGCUUCUCCAAGCUCCUUAUCCAAUGAUUUGUGCUUAAUAGAUAAUCAAAAGCACAAAUUGGUUGAUUUCCUUCUCUCACCCUUGUCCCAAUUCCAUAUUGAUUGAAAAUUUCCCUCCAGUGCUGCCAACCUCCAGUCGAUACAAUUCACUAUCUCUGAACAUUAAACCGUUUGUAGGUUAGAAAGCCUUUUCUGAGAGCUGGUGGCGCUAGGCCUAGCCGGGUCUUGCAGCUGGGCGUGAGGCACAAAAGAAGACAGGAUCCUCCAUGGGUUAAGGCUACCUUUCCAGAUAGUCCAACAACUAAGUCACCAGUUUCCAAGGGCAUUUGCACCACCUAUGGAAAACAUCGGAUCUGUGCACACCGGAUAUCCUUGACAACUCAUCCCGCCAUCCCCCUGCACAAAAUUUACUGUACCAGCAGACAACGAAGGCGACUACUGAGUUUCUUUUUAUCACCAAGUAGAUAUACUAUCCCUGCCAACAAAACAGAGUACACAAAGUGCCUCUUCACAAUAUCACGACCAGUUGAGACCCUGCUAAGAAAAUCAGCUUGCCUAGAUGAGCACCCGUCUCUCCUUGGUUAGCCAGGAUUUGAAGGAUGGGUUCUGUCCUGUGCUGCUGGUAAGUGACUGACACUUUGACACACUGAACUGGUCCUGAGAACUGAGAUGUCUUCUUUGUAAGUGAAGAAUAUACAACGUAAUCUUGAAGAGCUGCACAGUGGUGCGAGCCAGAAGCAUACUGCGUGUGUGUGUAAUGGACUGUGAAACAGACAAAUUAAUCUUGUUGAAAGGAUUUUUCAUCUUUUGUUUCUCUUUGCCAGUGUUAGCCAGUGUUUUGCUGGCUUAGAUGGUUGCCUUUUGCUGGUUCCUUUUUCUCUUCUCUUCUGAUGGGUCCCAGAAAUCCCUCUCCUGACCCCUUAUCAGAAUCAGAAAGUGAGGAAGAAGAGAACUCUAACUACCUCAAUGAGAGUUCUGGGGAAGAGUGGGAUUCCUCUGAAGAAGAGGACCCUGUGGUGCCUAACCUAACGCCUCUUGAGAGUCUUGCCUGACAGGUUAAGUGCCUUUUAAAAUACUCUACAACUUGGAUACCUUUAAAUCCUAAUUCCUGGUUAUAUCAUGCUAAACUCUUGGAUCCAAGCACACUGGUCCAUAUACUUCGAGAGAUAGGUCUAAGACUCUCCCAUUGUUCCCACUGUGUACCAAAACUGGAACCAAUUCCUGAAUGGCCGCCUCUGGCUUCUUGUGGAGUCCCACCUUUUCAAAAGCCCCUUAUCAGUCCCAGCCGGCUUUCUAGAGAUCAUGCCACUCUAAAUGAAGCCCUGCAAUUUGCUACCAAACAGUCAAGCCGAACACUGAGUAGAGCCACUCCCAUACCUGAAUACCUAAAACAGAUCCCUAAUUCAUGGGUGUCCAGUUGUUGCUGUGGCUGGUUAACUAAAACAGUUAAGGAAACAACCCGCACUGAAUCCAACAACACUACUUAUUCCUGCACUGACUUCCAAAAGGCAGUUAACAAACUCCUAACAGCAUCACUGUAAAGAUCCACCAUUUGUUCUGAUCUCUCUCAUGUUGUUAAAGGAAUACAAAGUUACACAGCCUGCGUUUGAGAAAAUAAUGCCUUCUUAACCAAACUAUACGCUGUCCUGACAGGCUGCAGUACUGCCAAGUACUGAAUAUUUACCCGAGAGUCCAUAACUCAACUACAGAAAGUGUGCAUUGUGAGCAUUCCCUUUGACAGACCAUGCCAAUAAAAUGAGAACUUCAGUGGAGGAUUAGUCAAAGGGACCAUAUCAUAAAAGAUAAGUUGACUAUUCUCCACAUUCAGUUCUCCCCCCAGUUAAUUUUGCCUAUCUGAAUGGACUCUAACUAAAUGUCUAAUUAGUAAUGAGAAGGAAAAAGUAGCCCACUACCCCUUUUGCUACCCAACCUCAGAACAGCCACUGUGGAAAGUGGGACGUUAGCUACUCCUAGUAAUUCCUUUCUGGCAUUCUAGGGGAGGUAGUUGAAGCAAAUUGAAUAACUAGACAAAAGAAAAUGGCAGGAAGAUGGAUUUAUCUCCCAUCUUUUAUAGAGACAGGCCUAUAUAUGACACCCUUUAGGGAUUCCUGUUUUUGGAGAAGGGAAUAUAGUGUAAAACUUAGCUUACAUUACUCCAGUCCUAUCAUGGUACCUGCAGUUACAACAUAAACAUUUAUAUCAUAGGCUCCCACGAGGGGAUCUCUAGCUAAAUUGACGUAUAAGAUCAUACCUGGGGAUUAAACAGACACUUGUUUUGUAGGGAAUAUGUUUCCUGCAUCUUGGCACCCAAACUUUAGGCAAAGGCAAAUAAAACACAUUCUAAAAGACAAACAGGGAAGAAUUAAGAGAGCAUUUAUGCUUUCAGUGUUAACUGCUAGUGGAUUAAAGUAUUUUAUCUGUAUAACGUUCUCUGGAGCCGUACUUUAUGCACUUUCCACAUCCAUUGCAAACUUUUUCAGGAACAUUUCUAACUUUAAAGAAACUUACUACAGAAAAUCUUAGCCUGAUACAAUCUGAAGUUAAAGAGUUUUUUAGCAUUAUUGUUUCUACAUAGAUUAGAUUUCCUUCUAGCUAAACGAAGAA